AUGCUUUUCCCUUGGGCCAAGAGCAACCUUAAAGAGUACUGGGUAAGAAAUCGGCCAUUAGCGAUGCCAGAGUCCCUUCAGUGGCUGGCUGCCCAAUGCCGUGGGCUAGCUGAAGGCCUGCAGAAAAUCCACAGGAGUCCUUCCGAGCAUGCUACAGAUUUUGGAAUACACGGGGAUAUCAAGCCCGAGAACAUUCUUCUCUUUCAGAAUGAGAGGUACCCUGACGGUAUUUUAGUCAUCAGUGACUUCGGAUUUACUCGAUUUCAUGGCCGAGACACUCGAUCAAACAAACCCGCUGUUGGCUACAGUCCCACGCAUCGGGCCCCCGAAGUAGACAUGGACCUUCACCAUCCUAUUUCUCGGUCUUACGACAUAUGGGCUUUGGGUUGCGUGUUUCUGGAAUUCAUCACUUGGUAUCUCACUGGACCAGAUGGCGUCAGUACAGAAUUUGUGAAACGUAGAGUGAGGGAUGAUGUCGGAGCAUACCCAAUCAGGUUUGACAAGUUCUUUAACAUGCGAGUCUUUGCGGACGGGAAGAAAGAGGCGGAAGUAAAAGCAUCAGUCCUGAAGGUACGCUAUGCUGACUGCAACACCAUCCUUAAUACUAUUUGA